AUGAAACAGACAGUAAUUACUUUAAUUAUUGCAUUAUGUUUAAUAUCAAAUUGCAGUACAUCAUUAUUUGAAAGCGAUUCAUGUUACUCUUUUGGUAGCGGUAAUGUUUUUCCCGGCGGCGCUAAAAAAAUUGAUCACAAAUUACAAUUCACUAAAGCUAUGAUUUCAAAACCGGCCCCUGAGUGGGAGGCGACAGCUGUUAUAAAUGGAGAAAUAACGCAACUCUCUUUAUCUAGCUUUAAAGGAAAAUAUUUAGUCUUCUUCUUUUAUCCAUUAGAUUUCACUUUUGUAUGUCCCACUGAAAUUUUGGCGUUUUCGGAAAGAAUAGAGGAAUUUAAGAAGAUAAAUACUGAAGUUGUUGCAUGUUCAGUUGAUUCACAUUUUACACAUCUUGCUUGGAUUAACACUCCACGUAAAGAAGGUGGACUUGGGAAAGUAAACAUACCUUUAUUGAGUGACUUGACACACUCCAUUGCUAAAGACUAUGGAGUGUACUUAGAAGACUUAGGACAUACAUUAAGAGGCUUAUUCAUAAUUGAUGAUAAAGGAAUCUUGAGACAGAUCACAAUGAAUGAUCUGCCAGUGGGAAGAUCAGUAGAUGAAACUCUAAGAUUAGUGCAAGCAUUCCAAUAUACUGACAAGCAUGGUGAGGUAUGCCCAGCUGGGUGGAAGCCAGGGCAGGAUACUAUUAUUCCUACUCCAGAAGAAAAAAGAAAAUAUUUUGAAAAGGUUGCAGCA